CCAGGCCGUCACAACACACCCCGACCCAGGCAGGCUGAGGAUUGGUUCCCGCUGCACGUCAGUAGCCUCUGCGGAGGGGCGGGAGCAGGGAAACCGAGCCACUGCUCUAGUUUCCCCCCUCUCACACAGAUGCUGUUCACUGCCGCUGCUGGGUCAGGGUUAUAUGCCGUCUAUUAAUAAUAACAGUCACAACAGCCACAGCGAGGAGAAGCUGGGGAAAUCCACAUCAACAGUUCUCCUUUUUGAGUCUGCGGGGACGAACGAGCGCCUAGAUAAUGUGACAUAAACACGCUUCAACUUUUGCUUUUUUUCACCUUUUUAUUCGUCUUUUACGACCCUUUUUUUUCAAACAGGUGCCAUUGUCUCACUCAGCUUUCCCACUACUGGUACACGCUCACCGGCUCGACUCGGGCACUUUACUGCGGUCAUCCAUCUGCACAGGCGCCUGCGGCUUGUUGGUAAACACGAAUCGGAUCCCGCCGGCAAGGACUCCCUCUGGUGCAUUGAUGCACCCGUUUCAGUGGUGUAACGGGUGCUUCUGUGGUCUUGGACUGGUUUACGCCAACAAGUCGUGCACCAUGCCGCCCAUCACCUUCCAGGACCUGCCUCUGAACAUCUACAUGGUCAUCUUCGGGACAGGCAUCUUUGUCUUCAUUCUGAGCCUCAUCUUCUGCUGUUACUUUAUCAGCAAACUACGACACCAAGCCCAGAGUGAGCGGUUUGGAUACAGAGAAGUAGUUUUAAAAGGAGAUCCAAAAAAGUUGAAUCUUCAUGGGACAUGCGCCGUGUGUCUGGAGGACUUCAAAGUGAAAGACGAGCUGGGAGUGUUGCCAUGCCAACAUGCUUUCCACAGGAAGUGUCUGGUAAAGUGGCUGGAGGUUCGCUGCGUCUGCCCCAUGUGCAACAAACCCAUAGCUGGCCCCCCUGAGCAGCACCACAGCAUAGGGACUCUACUGGAUGAACUGGUGUAACCUCUCAACACCUGCCAGCCCGGGUGGAGCAGCUGGUAUAAGUUAGUGACCAACACGGAGAGGGACACUGUUUUGCGGUUAAAACACGGCAAAACACCAACAUGAUGAUAGUAAGUUGGGGUAACCUAGUUACCACCCGAAGGAAGACUCUGAAGGAUGCUGUUGCCUAGCAACCAUCUCUGAGAUGGCAACACGACACCUUGUGGUGUCUGAGAGAUUAUCUCCAGCCACCCACACAUCACUCCACCACUCUUCUUUCAACAUCCCCCUCUCCACCCGAUCCUUCACAUCUUCUCUUGUUGCCUUGAGUGAGGUUAAUGGCACCACUGGUGUGGAGGAGACACAGUUGAAUUUUUCACAGCGAUGUGGGCGAAUGAGUCCGGAAGGAUGACAGCACUUGGCAGGAGGCGCUGAUCCCCUCUGAGCAUGUAUGAGUGAUGUGUGUCACUGUGGGCACUGAUAUGAAAUAAUAUCAAUAUUAGCUGUGGCUAUUGAUAUUCUUGUCUGAAUAAAUUACAGUCAAGAAGCUGUGAAAUUGAUAUUUUCUGCUCAGCAUCCCCGGCAGUAUAGCACGAGGACACGUUGACAGAAGUUACACUGCUAACAAUACAGCAAAAUCAUGAACAAGGGUUUAACAAAGUUAUUACUGUAGCGAAGACAUAGACAGUGUUUGUUAAAACUGCUUUCGAGGGAACUUUUUUAAAAGACUUGGCCUAAAAUUAUAAAUUGAAGUCACACUGGGGAGGAAGUGCUGGAAAAGGUGGGUUCACACCUCAUCAACUUGUAGCAAAUUAAUCAGUAUUUUCAUCGUCUUUCUCACAACGCCACUGAUUUCUGCUGAUACUUAAAACUGAUACUGAGUGUAAAAUCCAUAUUGGUGCCCACCCACAGUAGUAUCAUGUAUGUUCUACAUACUGCACAUGCUCCAGUUGGUUUUUCCACCGGAGUGUUUUAUUGUUCUGACAUGUUUUUAUUGUGUUAAUGUAUUUGAAAGGAACUGACUCCUCCUGCCUCUCACUGUAACAGUUUGGUUCUUUGUUGGAAUUAGUUUUUGUUUUAGAUAUUGCACUUUAAAUGCACACACACACACACACACACAAACACACACACACACAUACAUACACACACACACACACACACACACACACACACAACACACACACACACACACACAAAACAAUUUCCAUGCGGCACAGCAGGUCCCUUCUUUUCAGGUGUGGUGAAGCUUUUAUAAAAGUGAAGUAUCAUAGAUGCUGCUUCACCUGGAGAUAAGCAAAGUAUCAGUAUUUUUGUGGCAUUAUUUCUGGUGAUUUUGUUUUACAUUCCUUGGUUGUUUUUUUUUUUUUUGUUACUUACAAUGAUUCAGAAAGCAAAGCACUGCCUAAAUUGAGCACAAAACUCACAAAGCACAUUGUCCAGAUACAGUAGGCGCCUGCACUGUAAUUAAAAGCCAAACAUGUACACACACACACACACACACACAUUUGGGGCUGUUGAAUUCACACCCAUGUGCCAAGAAAAGAAAUGUAAAAUGUCCUGUUGCAUUUUCAACACACGAGCAAGAGAAAUGUUCUGGCCACAUUCCACAUUUUGUAAUCUAACAGAUGUAAAUAACUUGAAACAAUAAUAAAUACAGUUGUCUGUUUUGCGCA